GAAAGAUUGUGACAUAUCUCUGGGCAUAGCACCUAGGUGAUAUGACUUGCUGUUCUUGUCUGGGCAACUUUCACAGAAGAGAGAAUGACUUAUUCCUGGGCUCAGCAUACAGGUUCUACCAACAGGGAAGAUUGUGACAUAUCACUGGGUCUAACACCAAGGUGUAGUUACACUUUUGCCUUGGCCCUGAACUCUGAAGUUCACUGUGACGUACUGCUGGGCCCAGCACCAAGGUGAUGUGAGUCUCCUGCCUGGACACUGCACACAGGGGCUAUUGUGACAUAUCUCUGGGCCCAUUUACUAUUUGAUGUUACUCUCUUCUCUUACCUUGGUUUUGCCUGUAGGAGAGGCAAAUCCCAGCACUUUGGGAGGCCAAGGCAGGACAUAACUCUGGGCCCAGCACCUAGGUGAUAUGACUCCCUCUUCUGUCUGGAUGGUGCUCACAGAAGAGAAAGUGACUUAUUUCUGGGCCCAGCAGAGAGGUGACGUGAUUCUUCUGCCUGGUCCCUGCCCACAAAACUCAUUGUGACUUAACUCUGGGCCCAUCACCUAAAUGAUGUGACUCUCCUCUUCUUCCUGUGUGCUGUACACGGGAACAUUGUAACAUAUCUCUGGAUCCAUCACCUGGAUAAUGUGACUCUUCUUGGGACCUACUCACAGUGAAAAUUGUGACACAUCUCUUGGGUUCUGCCCACAAGGGAGAUUUUGACUUGUUGCUGUCCUCAAAAUGAAGGUGAUGUGACACUUUUGCCUUGGACCCCCCCUUGAAGACAUUGUGACAUAUUUCUUAGCUCAGCAUCAAAAUGAUGUGUCUUCUUAGUAGACUCUGCCAACAUGGGGCAUUGUGACAUAUCUCUGGGCCCAUCAACUAUUUGAUGUAACUCUCUUCUCUUACAUGGACUUUGCUCACAGAAGAGACUAUGAAAUAUCUCUGGGUCCAGCAAAUAGGUGAUGUGACUCUUCUCUACUGCUUGGGCUCUGCUCAUGAGAAAAUUGUGAUGGAUUGCUGAACCCAGCACCUAGGUCCUGCCAAGAGAGGAGAUUGUGUCAUAUUGCUGGGCCCAACAAAAAGCUGACAUUACUGGCCGGGAGCGGUGACCCAUGCCUGUAAUCCUAGCAUUUUGGGAGGUUGAGGCGGGUGGAUCAUGAGGUGAUGUCACUUUCUUCUCCUGCCUGGGCCAUGUCAAAAGGGAGGAUUGGGACAUAUUACUUGACCUAGGAGGUUAUUUUAUUCCUGCUGUCCUCUGCUCUUUUUAUGGCCACGGUCUGUUCCACCUCAAAACUGAAGAGGGAUGUUGGUAGGGAGAGGCUCUUCCCUCACCUCUGGCAGAAAAGGGCUCUUCCCUCACCUCUGGCAGAAAAGGAAUGUUCAGGCCCUUCAACCCCCUGUUGUCAAAGCUGCACUUUAAUGUGACAGCUAUUGGCCAUGUAUGGCUACUGGAUGUCCGGAAUGUGGCUGGUCUGAACUGCGAUGUGCUAGAAAGCCCAGCAUCUGAGCACAGCUUCUGUCACUCAGGGCCUGAGGGAGCGGAGCAGCAAACGUUAUCCAAUCAGGACCGCUGGGCUGGGAACCGUCCAAUCAGGCACGCAGCUGGAGCGGACAGGACGGCUUCCGGGAUUUGGCGGGGCCUUUGUCUCUGGCUGCAGCCGGAGCUCCUGCCCUCCUCUCCACUGCUCAGUGUCCUCUGCUCCUAGAGGCCCAGCCUCUGUGUCCCUGUGACCUGCAGAUAUUGGGAGAUCCACAGCUAAGACGCCGGGACCCCCUGGAAGCCUAGAAAUGGAACCACUGACAUUUAAAGAUGUGGCCAUAGAAUUCUCUCUGGAGGAGUGGCAAUGCCUGGAUACUGCACAGCGGGAUUUAUAUAGGAAUGUGUUGUUAGAGAACUACAGAAACCUGGUCUUUUUGGGUAUUGCUGUCUCUAAGCCAUAUCUGAUCACCUGUCUGGAGCAAAAAAAAGAGCCCUGGAAUAUAAAAAGACAUGAGAUGGUAGCCAAACCCCCAGUAAUGUCUUUUCAUCUUGCCCAAGACCUUUGGCCAGAGCAGAACAUAAAAGAUUCUUUCCAGAAAGUGACACUGAGAAGAUAUGGAAAAUGUGAAUAUGAGAAUUUACAGUUAAGAAAAGGCUGUAAACAUGUGGAUGAGUGUAUGGGGCACGAAGGAGGUCAUAAUACAGUUAACCAAUGUUUGACAGCUACCCCAAGCAAAAUAUUCCAAUGUAAUAAAUAUGUGAAAGUCUUUGAUAAAUUUUCAAAUUCAAAUAGAUAUAAGAGAAGACAUACAGGAAACAAGCACUUCAAAUGUAAAGAAUGUAGCAAAUCAUUUUGCGUGCUUUCACAACUAACUCAGCAUAGAAGAAUUCAUACUACAGUGAAUUCCUACAAAUGUGAAGAAUGUGGAAAAGCCUUUAACUGGUUCUCAACUCUUACUAAACAUAAGAGAAUUCAUACUGGAGAAAAACCUUACAAAUAUGAAGAAUGUGGCAAAGUCUUUAGCCAGUCCCCACACCUUACUACACAAAAGAUACUUCACACUGGAGAGAACCUCUACAAAUGUAAAGAAUGUGGAAAAGCUUUUAAUCUAUUCUCAAAUCUUACUAACCAUAAGAGAAUUCAUGCUGGGGAGAAAUCCUACAAAUGUAAAGAAUGUGGCAGAGCUUUUAACAUAUCCUCAAACCUUAAUAAACAGGAGAAAAUUCAUACUGGAGAGAAACUCGACAAAUGUGAAGAAUGUGACAAAGCUUUUAACCGAUCCUUAAAACUUACUGCACAUAAGAAAAUUCUAAUGGAAGAGAAACCCUACAAAUGUGAAGAAUGUGGCAAAGUCUUUAACCAGUUCUCAGCUCUUACUAGACAUAAGAUAAUUCAUACUGGAGAGAAACCCUACAAAUGUAAAGAAUGUGGCAAAGCUUUUAACCAAUCUUCAAACCUUACUGAACAUAAGAAAAUUCAUACUGCAGAGAAAUUCUAUAAAUGUGAAGAAUGUGGCAAAGCUUUUAACCAACACUCAAACCUAAUUAACCAUAGGAAAAUUUAUUCUGGAGAGAAACCAUACAAAUGUGAAGAAUGUGGAAAAGCUUUUAAUCGAUCCUCAACCCUUACUAGACAUAAGAAAAUUCAUACUGGAGAGAAACCCUACAAAUGUGAAGAAUGUGGCAGAGCUUUUAGCCAGUCUUCAAACCUUACUGAACAUAAGAAAAUUCAUACUGGAGAGAAACCCUACAAAUGUGAAGAAUGUGGCAAAGCUUUUAACCGAUUCUCAACCCUUACGAAACAUAAGAGAAUUCAUACUGGAGAAAAGCCCUAUAAAUGUGAAGAAUGUGGAAAAGCCUUUAAUCAAUCCUAUCAACUUACUAGACAUAAGAUAAUUCAUACUAAAGAGAAACUCAACAAAUGUGAAGAAUUUGGCAAGGCCUUUAAACAGUCAUCACACCAUGCUAUACAUAAAAUUAUUCAUACUGGAGAGAAACCCUACAAAUGCGAAGAACAUGGCAAAGAUUUUAACCAGUCCUCAAACCUUACUACACAAAAGAUAAUUCAUACUGGAGAGAACCUCUACAAAUUUGAAGAACAUGGAAGAGCUUUUAACCUAUUCUCAAACAUUACUAACCAUAAGAUAAUUUAUACUGGAGAGAAACCCCACAAAUGUGAAGAAUGUGGAAAAGCUUAUAACCGAUUCUCAAACCUAACUAUACAUAAGAGAAUUCAUACGGGAGAGAAACCUUACCAAUGUGCAGAAUGUGGUAAAGCCUUUAACUGCUCCUCAACCCUUAAUAGACAUAAGAUAAUUCAUACUGGAGAGAAACCUUACAAAUGUAAAGAAUGUGGCAAAGCUUUUAACCUAUCCUCAACCCUUACUGCACAUAAGAAAAUUCAUACUGGAGAGAAACCCUAUAAAUGUGAAGAAUGUGGCAAAGCUUUUAACCAAUCCUCAAACCUUACUACACAUAAGAAAAUUCAUACUUCAGAGAAACCCUACAAAUGUGAAGAAUGUGGCAAAUCCUUUAACCAGUUCUCAUCUCUUAAUAUACAUAAGAUAAUUCAUACUGGAGAGAAACCCUACAAAUGUGGAGAUUAUGGCAGAGCUUUCAACCUAUCCUCAAAUCUUACUACACAUAAGAAAAUUCAUACUGGAGAGAAACCCUACAAAUGUGAAGAAUAUGGCAAAACUUAAUUGAUCCUACAAGCUUACUACACAUAAGAAAAUUCAUACUGGAGAGAAACUCUACAAAUGUGAGGAAUGUGUUAAAGCCUUUAACAAGUCUUCAGCCUUUUCUACACACACAAGAUAUUUUAUACUGGUGAGAAACCUUACAAAUGUAAAGAACGUGACAAAGCUUUUAACUAAUCUUCAAACCUUACUGAAUGUGAGAAAAUUCAUACUGGAGAGAAUCCUACAAAUGUGAAAAACGUGGCAAAGCCUUUAACUGGUCCUCAACUUUUACUAAACAUAAGGUAAUUCAUACUGGAGAGAAGCCAUACAAAUGAGAAGAAUGUGGCAAUGCCUUUAAUCAGUCCUCACACCUUUCUACACAUAAGAUAAUUUAUACUGGAGAGGAACUCUAUAGUUGUGAAGAAUGUGGCAAAGCUUUUAACCAAUCCUCAUACCUUACUAUACAGAAAUUCAUACUGGAGAGAAAGUCUACAAUUGUGAAGAAUGUGGCAAAGCUUUUAACCUUCCUUAACCCUUACUGUAGAUAAGAAAAUUCAUACUGGAAAGAAACCCUACAAAUAUGAAGUCUGUGGCAAAGCUUUUAACUGAUUCUCAACUCUUACUGCAUGUAAGAGUAUUUAUACUGGAGAGAAACCCUACAAAUGUAAAAAAUGUGGCAAUGCCUUUAACUGGUCCUCACACCUUGCUACACAUAAGACAAUUUAUACUUUGAGAGAAACCCUGCAAAUGUGAAUAAUGUGGCAACACUUUAAACCAAUCCUCAAACCUCACCAAACAUAAGAUAAUACUGAAAACUUUACAAACCUGAAUGAUGUGACAAUAAUUUUGACAACACCUCAAACUUUCUAACAUAAAUCCUACUGGUGAAAAAUCCUAGAAAUGUGAAAAAUAUCACAAAGCCUUUAAAUGGUUGUCACACUUGAUUGUAGGUAAGAUAAUCCAUACUGAAGAAAACUCCUGGAAGUGUAAAAAAUGUGGCAACACUUUUAAUAAAUGCUCACCCCUUAUUGCACAGGAAAGCAUUUAUACUUCAGAAAGAUUGUACAAAUACAAGGAAUGUGGGAAAGCCAUUAUUAACUGCUCAGGUUUUACUCAACAUUAGAGAGUGCGUAAUAAAAGCAUUAUAAAUGCAAUUUUUGUCAAGAGAUCUUUCAGAAAACAUAAGCUUUUAAAGUGAAGAAGAGGAGCCAGGUGUGCUGCCUCACAUCUGUAAUGCCAGCACUUUGGGAGGCCAAGGUGGGUGGAUCACCUGAGGGCAGGAGUCUGAGACCAGCCUGGCCAACAUAGCAAUACCCCAUCUCUGUGAAAAAUUUUACAAAAAUUAGCUGCGUGUGGUGGCAGGCCCCUGUAAUCCCAGCUACUGGGGAGUCUGAAGCAGGAGAAUUGUUCAAACCUGGGAGGCGAAGGUUGCAGUGAGCUAAAGUCACACCACUACACUACAGCCAAGGCAACAAGAGCAAAAACUUCAUCUCAAAAACAAAACAAAAAAAGAGUAUUCAUUUUGAGGACAAACAAUACAAAUACGAAGAGGGUUGUAGUACCUUUACUUGUAUCACAGAUAUUGUUGUACCCAUUUUGCACUAGAGGAAAACCAUGAAGCAGUUGCUCAAACGUUGUUCAACACCAGAAAAUUUAUAUUGGAGAAAAACACUGUAAAUGUAAUGCAUUUGUGAAAACAUUUUUUAAAAAACUACAGCUUAGAAAAUACCAGAGGCCUCAUACUAAAAUAUAUUUUUGCAAGUGCAGUAAAUAUAAAAAUAAUUUAAUCCAAAAUUAAGUCUAUGUAAAUAUCAUUCACAGUAGAAAUAUCUAAGGUACUGACACUUCAGACAUUGCACUAAAUCAGAAUGCCGAGUAUAGAAAAUAAUUUAAAACUAAAGUUGGUAGAUAAGUAAUAUGUAUAUAACUUUAAAAGAAGUAGAAUUUUUUUGUAGGUGUAUAAUUACAUUCAAAUUAUAUUUUUUCUUGAAAAAAUUAGUUUUUGAAAAGCAAAUAAUGAUGUAAUUCAACUCUCAAAUUACUUCAUGCUCUUCAGUCCUAUUCACACAUGAAAGCAUGUGAUUAAUUUUUCAUGCAUCAAAGAUAUGAGAAAUCAUUUCUGUUAGGUCGGUAUUAUUUAUGACACUUUCUAUGAAAGAAUAAGGACAUUAAAAUGUAAGAUGCAUGAUGAAAACCUGAGUGAAGAAGCUGUUUAUGUUCAACUUAUAAUAUUGAGUGAUCCAUGAAGUAGGUUUUCAGAGUGAUAUUCUUCUGCAUUAUAGUAAGAGAAAACCAUUUUUAAUCUUAAAGUUAAUUAGUAGUAUAUCAUUUUACUAAUUGUACUUUUAUGUAAUAAAAUGCAAUGUGUUUAAAAAUAUUUGGAUUAUGCGUGAACUUAAUUUUUUAAUUAAACUUUUUUUAACAUGUUAAAACUAUUGUGCAUUCAAUGAAGUGUUUUCGUGCCACUGACUUUACCUAUCCCACAUUACUCAAGGGUUUAGGUAAAAGAGGGUAACAAUAUACUACUUGAUAACAUAAUGGGCUAACAUCUCUAAUAAUUAUUUUUGUUAGUGGCUUUAAGGUGCUAAUAAAGAAUGUUGUUCCCAUAGGUUAGAUUUUUAAUUUUUUAAAAUUUAUACUUAUUUCUCUUAAUUUUUGUGGAUACAUAGUAUGUGAAUAUCUUUAUGCCAUGUAUGGCAUAUUUUGAUACAAGCAUAUAAUUUUAUGUAUUAAUCACAUCAGGGCAAAAGAUGUAUCCAUCAACUCCAGCAUUUCUCCUUUGUAUUACAAACCAAUUCUACAAUUUUAGAUACUUUAGAAUGUGCAGUUGUUACUACAGGGUCAUUUUAUGGUUAUAAUAAAAAUUAUAUACAAGUAUAAAUAAAUCAUGAGAAAAUUCUGAGUUCUGAAUAAACAUUUAAAAACUUAUAUAUUUUUCUUUGAACAUGUGACCUCUCUGCCUGCAAACAUACAGCAUUUUAGUUUUGAUUUACAUACACUUAACUAUACACAUAUAUUACUCUAAAAAUAAACCUUAGGUAUGGGAAAAUUAUGGAGCAAGUAAGUGUGUUUGUGUAGUAGCUUGUACCUAUUUUCAGAAGACGAGGAGUAUUGGAACAAAACUAAUCUUUUUUUCGAGACGGAGUCUUGCUCUGUCGCCCAGGCUGGAGUGCAGUGGUGCGAUCUUGGCUCACUGCAAGCUCCGCUUCCUGGGUUCACGCCAUUCUGCUGCCUCAGCCUCCCGAGUUGCUGGGACUACAGGUGCCCAGCACCGCGCCCGGCUAAUUUUUUUGUAUUUUUUAGUAGAGACAGGGUUUCACCACGUUAGCCAGGAUGGUCUCAAUCUCCUGACCUCGUGAUCCGCCCGCCUCGGCUUAGCCAGGAUGGUCUCAAUCUCCUGACCUCGUGAUCCGCCCGCCUCGGCCACCCAAAGUGCUGGGAUUACAGGCGUGAGCCACCACGCCCGGCCAAAACUAAUAAUUUUUAAAAGGUGACUAAUUUACUAGACAACUGAAAACCUCAAAAAUGCUGAAAGCAAAUCUAUACCCUCUGCUUUGCCUUGAAUUCAUUUCUGUAAAAUCUGGCUGAUGAUUUAGAAUCUCCCCAUGCAAAGUUUUUGUUUAUACUUGUGUGAUACUCAUGCUAUACCUUUAAUUUUCUUGUUACUUAUGCUUUUUUCUUUUAUAAUUUAUCAGGUAUUCAUCAUGUGAGCUGGUCAUGGAUUAUAAGAAUGAUUUUUAUAAAGUUUAGGAGUACACACAAAAUAACUUCUAGAUGUGUUUCCAAAAUUUGUGUAUUAUAUUUUAUUUAGUUAGAACAUUCUAUUUCUUCUUUCCAUUGCAGAAUCCUAUAUAAGCCUACUUUUCUUUAGUUAGUAUUCUUUUGUCUUGUUAUAGUUGACAUAAGUAAGUUUAUUUAUUGAGCCAGUUCAGGUAAGAACUAGAAAGACUUCAUAAGUCAUGAAAAUGUUUUUAUAUAUAGAUGUAGCAAACAAACAUGACAUAGCUUAUUGUGUAACAGAUGCUCCAUAAUGAGCCAUAUGUAUUUCUGCUGGUGUUAGUUUGUAAUUAACUUCAAGUCAGAGAUGGAAAAUAUUAAUAGUGAAGAACUAACAUUGAUUUUUCAUGUGGAGAGAAAUUUUUUCAGGCUGCAAAGCUGAAUCUUGCUCUUUUUUUUUUAAAUUUCCUAAUUAUCUUCAGUUUUGUUUAUCUUAUGUGUCUUCCGUGUAUUCAACACAGUGCUUCUUUUUCUGUUAUUGCCACAGUUUCCUCACUAUUGUCUUCAUGCCAUGUCAGUUCACAUGGUACUUUGUAGGUUUUGAUGAGAAAGUUGGUACUUUUUAAUGCACUGAAAAAUUGGUUAUAACUAGAGAGUUUGCUUAUCAAUGUAACUUUCAGAUUAGUUAAGAUAAAAGGCAUGCGAUGUCCACAGGUGAGAGGAUUAAAUCAGUGUUGUUUUUCCCUGUUUUUAAAAGGAGCAUCUUAUUAAAUUCUUACAUAAAGUGUGGCAGAUAUUAAAUUUACUAGAAAAUAGAUCUUAGAAAUUAAAUUUUUAAGAGAGCUAAUGGUAAGUGAAGAAUUUUAAAUUUAAUUUUCCAUGAUAUAGCAGAGCAUACUUUUUUUUUUCCAGAAUCUUCUAUUUUAAAGUGUAAAUAUUCAAGGUUGCAAAGUAACAUGACCUCUGUUGAUUCAAUAUUUGGAAUAUUAUGUCUUUUCUAUAUUGAUAGGUACAAUUCAGAAAAAUUUCUCACUCUUACUUUAUAUAAUUAUUUUAAUGAGUGAAGUUUAGUCUACAGUUUUUAUUCUUAGUCACCUAACUAGCCAACUUCUUAUUUUCUAUGGAAAACUUUUGGAGAUAAUGGGAGCUUUUGGAUUAAAAUGUUUUCUGUUAUUUUGCAUGCAAACUUGUUUACAGUGUUAACAGGGUAGUUAGUCAUGAGACCAUAAGAAACACCUCUCUUUCAGUGUCUUUCAUACCAUUACUGUCUGCAAUAAAUAAAUGUAUAUUUGUUCUGUAAAACAUUAUGUUUGGAAGUAUAUAUACAUUGUCAAAUGCUUAAUUUUAGGUCAUUAAAGUUUUACCUCACAGAGUUAA